GGUCAGCAGCACGUGGGGUCCUGAGUCUGCCUAGUGUUGGGUGGCGGGUGGUGGAGGGGAGGCAGCCGCUUUGGGAGGCCAGCCACGGGCUGCAGACAGGCGGCUCACAGACCAGCGGACAGACUGAGGACAGACAGGAGGCAUCCCUUGGGAGCAGCCGGGCCCACCUUGCUGGUUUGAGUGGGGUCCUCCCGUGACAGUGACCAAGCAGAGCUGGUGUCUGCUGCCCUUCCCCUUCUCCCUGGCCUUGGCCCUUCCUCUUAAAGGGGCCCUCGGGUUGGGCGGGCGGCCCAGCAGGACUGAGGCUCAGAGGGGGCGGCAGCUUUAAGGGUGGCUGGGGUCGGCCUCCUGCCCCCGCCCCUGGUAGUCUGAGUGGCUGGAGCCUGAGCCCCGCCCACUCGCCCCAAGGCUUCCCGGCUCCGGGAGCGCCCCUAGGGAGUCGGAGCCCGGAAGCUGGAGCCACCUGCGGGUGAGUGAGCGGAGCCGGCGCCCCGGCCCUGCCGGGAGCUCCAGGUGACUUCUCAGGGAGGCGCCCCACCCUGCCCGCUCAGAGGGCCAGUGCCGGGUGGGGGUGCCCUUCUAGCGCCUUCGGUCGCAGGUGGGCUCUCCCAGCUGUGACGACGCGGCCCCGGCUUGAGGAGCCCCGCGGACAAGGUUGAGUGAGUCGUGGGCUUUUUUUCCGUCCCCACGUGGGCACGGCCCGGGCUGCGUGAGCUCACUUCCUCCACAUCUUAUCUCCUGCCGGGCGCGGGGACGGGAAGUGAAGAGCGUACGGGAAGUGAGGCGGCCGCGGGAAGUGAGGGGAAGUGAGGGGAAGUGAGGGGGUGCCUGCAGUGAGGCGGCUGCAGGAAGUGAGGGGGUGCCGGCUGGCAUUGGCGGGGCCCGGGCUGGGGCGCCUCCGGCCCUGAGAGCUCCGUCUCCUUGGUGCUGCCGGAGGGCCUGGGGGCAGGCCGCCUGGGGAAGAGGGCAGCGCCCGAGGGCCAGGGAGCGGGUGGCCGGCUUACUGCCUUUGCCCGGAGCCGGUUCCCCUCAGCACCCAGAGUUGUCUGAGAGGAGGUUCCCUGUCUUUGGGCGGCUAGGAUAGACCCCUGCGAGUCCUGCCUGCCCUCUUCCCAGGGCCUCCUGGGCUGCCUGCCACUGACUCUGGUCCAUGUUGCCCAGGGAGGACCAUUUUCCCCGUCUCCUACUUGGGAAGUUUGCCUGCUUCUAGCUCAGGAAUGCAGGGAAGGCAGGGUUGUCGCCCCACUAGACGCACGCCGCUGCAUGGUGGCCAGGCCUCAGCUGAGCUGGGGAGAAAGUCAGCCCCUUGCCCCCACCCUCGCCCCCGGGGGGAGUGCAUGGCCCGCAGUCAGGCCACUGGACACAGGAUUUGGGGCCCUGGAGGUUUCUGCUGAGGCUUCAAGAGGGGUGGUCCUGGCGUUCCAGGCGCUUCCCAUCAGAUAGCAGGAGCCAGUUCUCAGGGUCCUUGGCUGAACACACAAGCUGCAAGGCUACAUAUACUCUGGCAGAGCUGGCUGGGGGCUGCAGACUGCAGGUGACAGUGCCAUGUCCCUCACUGCCUGCUCUGCCUUGCUGAGGCUUGAACCAGAAUCCACCAGGAGCAGGACUCCCUGACCCUCUAUUCUGCACCCUGUGAGCCACUGAGACUGAACCAAACCCAGGAAGCGGCGCCACCAACCAGCCUCGCAGAGGCAGAGGCCCUGGAGCAGUGACAGCACAGGAGAUCUGCUGGCUCGGGGGAAGGGGAGGAAAGAGGAAAACAAAGGGAGUGAUCGAGCGAGCCUCGCCCCGCCCUCCCUGCGCCGGCCCAUGAUGUGUCAGUCAGAGGCGCGGCAAGGACCAGAGCUCCGCGCAGCGAAAUGGUUGCACUUCCCCCAGCUGGCCCUGAGGCGGAGGCUGGGGCAGCUGAGCUGCAUGUCCAGACCCGCUCUGAAACUGCGCUCCUGGCCCUUGACCGUCCUCUACUACCUCCUGCCCUUCGGCGCCCUCAGACCGCUCAGCCGGGUGGGAUGGAGGCCCGUAAGCAGGGUGGCUUUGUACAAGUCAGUGCCAACGCGCUUGCUGUCACGGGCCUGGGGUCGCCUCAAUCAGGUGGAGCUGCCACACUGGCUGCGCAGGCCUGUCUACAGCCUGUACAUCUGGACGUUUGGGGUGAACAUGAAAGAGGCCGCUGUGGAGGACCUGCAUCACUACCGCAACCUCAGCGAGUUCUUCCGGCGCAAGCUGAAGCCGCAGGCCCGGCCUGUCUGUGGCCUGCACAGCGUGAUUAGCCCAUCGGAUGGAAGGAUCCUCAACUUUGGGCAGGUGAAGAACUGUGAGGUGGAGCAGGUAAAGGGGGUCACCUACUCCCUGGAGUCGUUCCUGGGCCCGCGUACCUGCACAGAGGACCUGCCCUUCCCCCCAGCCGCGUCGUGUGACUCCUUCAAGAACCAGCUGGUCACCCGGGAAGGGAAUGAGCUCUAUCACUGUGUUAUCUACCUGGCCCCUGGGGACUACCACUGCUUCCACUCCCCCACCGACUGGACUGUCUCCCACCGGCGCCACUUCCCAGGCUCCCUGAUGUCAGUGAACCCUGGCAUGGCUCGCUGGAUCAAAGAGCUCUUCUGCCAUAACGAGCGGGUGGUCCUGACGGGGGACUGGAAACAUGGCUUCUUCUCACUGACAGCUGUGGGGGCCACCAACGUGGGCUCCAUUCGCAUCUACUUUGACCGGGACCUGCACACAAACAGCCCAAGGCACAGCAAGGGCUCCUACAAUGACUUCAGCUUCGUGACGCACACCAACAGAGAGGGCGUCCCCAUGCGUAAGGGCGAGCACCUGGGCGAGUUCAACCUGGGCUCCACCAUCGUGCUCAUCUUCGAGGCCCCCAAGGACUUCAAUUUCCAGCUGAAAACAGGACAGAAAAUCCGCUUUGGGGAAGCCCUGGGCUCGCUCUAGAGUCUCUUUCCUGAUUACGGCUGCUAAGGGAUCUUUUCCAAACAGAGUGAGGGUCUUUUCAAGAGGGAGGCCCAUGAGGCCAUCCAGGUGAGGGCCUGCCUCAGCGUGGGUGGGAGUCUGACCAGGUAGGACUUGAAUGAUUCGGCUCCCACCUGUUCCAGAGGUGCAGACAAGAGGUGGUGAGAGCCCCCGUCAUGCCCUCAACCUAUCCCAUUCCUUCUCCCUACAAAUAAAAAGUGCAGGCUGGAAUGAUCUCAGUCACAUUUGGAUCUUUUCAAACACUGUAUAGACGGAAGAGCCUGCAUUCCUGACUGAACCUUCAGUUGGUCUCGGUUGUCGUUUUUUCUUGCUGCUCCUCCCCCCAUCACCUGAGCUGUUUUCUGUUGGCCCCUUUUGUUUUUUGGCCUUAACGCUCCUGCUGCACAGGGUGAGGUGCCUCCUUGGCACAGACUGUGGAUGCCUCUCCCCCAGCAGAGCCACACAGCCUUCGUGACAACUGCUUUCUGUUCCCACAUUCACCUCAUCCUGCUCUUUAGAAAAAGCAGUCUUUGUGCUUGUGGCUGAAUGCAUCACCCUGGACUCUGCUAGUGUCUUCUGAGGACACUGAUGACACUGAUGAUUAAUGAUACAGACCUUUGCAUGACCUGAUGAGUGACCCUUCUGGAGCUGGCCAGGUCCUCUGCAGCAGGCAAGACCAAUCAAUCAAUCACUGAACCUGCCUCAUGGCACCAGAGUGAGAGUGAACAGGGCAGGCAAGUAGUAGGCCCAGCUAGGGAAACGGGAGAGUUCCUGUCCCCCUCCACAUAUCUCUACAUGAAAUAUGGGAAAGUUGCUGCUAUUGAUUCAGGGUCUGUCUUGGAGGCAGAGGACCCUUGGUGGAUAGUUGGUCAGUGCCUGGAAAACCUAUCCCAGUUAUCAGGAACGCAGGCCUGGGGAGCCCCCAGUGGCGGGGACAGGGCCAGAUUUCAUGUUGACCCUGGGGAUGCUGUGAAUUUCUCCUGCAGGAGAGACAUCAUUGAAUUUUUUCAACUGUAUCAGUAGCACAGUAUUUUUGUAUGAAAAGUGGGAGACUUCUGAACAGUAAUUCAUUUAAUUGCAAAGCAUUUUGAAAUAAAAAAAUCAAACUUAAAA